UCUCGCAUCCUCAUCAAAGUUCCUCUGAAGAAAGAAUGUGACAGACAGACAGAUGUCCUUACACAGUCCAAUCAUUGCAGCUGCUGUCCUGCUGUGUGCAACUGGGCUGCACUGCAUGACAGCACAGAACCACAUCUGUGUAACAAGUCAUGAGGUGGUGUGUUUCCAUCCAGCGUCCCACCUGGAUGCACCUGGUCCAGUCCACCUCGAAGUCAGCGUGGGCAAGACACUGGUCAUCUCUCUGGAGGAAUUCCACGGACAGGCCAUGUGCCGUUUGAUCAGUGAACUGGACAGAAAUAGGAGCCUCUCUAUGGUCCUGCCAUCAAUUUCCAAGAAAGAUUCCGGGAACUAUACACUGAGAUGUGAGCUCACCAACAGAACCAGAUUUUCUUUGUCUGUGGUUCUUCAAGUGCCUGAUCCUUCAGGGCGUCCCACGAAACCUCGGCUCACACUGGAUGGAGUGGACAUCCCAAAGAGUUCCCCUCAUUUUAAGUGUGCAUCUGAGGGACACCCAAAGCCCACGUUGUGGUGGUCCGGAAUUUCAGAUAAGGGGACAGUUUCUGAACGCACGAUAACCAGCAUUCAAUUCACAGACAGAGGAGUCAUGUGUUGUGCUGAAAACAGCGAAGGACGAGAAUGCUCCCAAGUGUAUGACUAUGAUUUGGAAAGUGACGUGAGGAAAAACGACGAGGUGUCAGAGGUGAUUUUGAGUCCCUGUCAGCCUCUCCUGCUUCGCUGCAGAAUCAAACGCCAGGGAAAGCGAUCAUCAAUAGUGUGGGACAAAGACAACCAAGCGAUGACAUCUGGCGCUUUACCAUGCACUGCUAAAGUCAAGCAGGAGAUUUGCAUCAAAAAUGACGGGCACGGCCAUAUCCAAAUGUCCUACUUUUUCAUCGACUCCAUCAACAAGAACCACAGCGGCAGCUACACCUGCAGGAAUCAGAACAGAACCAAGUCUGUUGACGUCAUCGUCCAGACUGAAGAUUCCCUAUCAGUCCAGCUGGACGGGUACAGAAGUCUUUCGGCCCGGGAGGCGGGGAGCUCAUGUUUGCAAGCCCACGUGUUGUACCAUCCCGUCCUGCAGUACUGCGUCUGGGAGGCUCCUGAUGGGAACAUGUUCCAAUGCAUGAAGAACAACUGGGUGACCAAGCACAGGACGGUAAAGCUGUGUGGUGAACUAAAAUCAGGAGAGUACAAGCUACACCUGAAGGCAGGCGGACAAGACCAGAGCAAAUCUGUGUCUGUGUGUGUUGUAGACGACCCCAAGUUCAUUUUCAGCCUUGACAUGGACAACAACACCAUCCGGAUCAAAACGGCGAGCGCGGUGCCGGCAAAUUACACGUGGAUGUCGUGUUUCUCUGCCAACGAAAGCUGUGACAGUCAGUCUGAGUGGAAACAUGUUCCCAACGCCUCGCAGAGCGACUCGGACACGCGGUGUAAGAAGACGAUAGAGAGCUCCAUCAGUACGGACCUUUUUGACGGAGGCAAUAUUAAAUUCUGCCUGGCUAACUCUGUGGGAUCCUGGUGCAUUGUGAAACACUUGGUCUACCACCCGCCGUCCCUGCUCGCCUCCAGAGGAGCUCCAGAUGCGGAGAAUGUUGGCUUCAUGGUGCUGAAAGUGGGUAGCGUGAUCCUGAUUUUGGCUUUGGUCGUAGUCAGCGUGGGACUCGUGUACACCGUCAAAAAAAAGAAACCUCAGUACCAGCCCCAGCUCCAGAUGAUCCAGAUGGUCGGGCCCAAUGAUAAUGACUACGUCUACAUGAACUUCAAGGACUUUGAGUAUGAACGCAAAUGGGAAUUUCCCAGAGAAAACCUGGAAUUAGGCAAGGAACUGGGCUCUGGCGCUUUCGGCAUGGUGGUCCAUGCCACAGCGUACGGCAUCAACAAGGCCGGAGUGUCACAGCAGGUGGCCGUCAAGAUGCUGAAAGAGAAACACCAGGAGGUGGAGAAAGAGGCUCUGAUGUCUGAACUAAAGAUGCUGACUCACAUUGGUAACCAUGCCAACAUUGUCAACCUGCUCGGAGCGUGCACGGACACAGGACCCAUAUACCUGAUAUUCCAGUUCUGCUGCCAUGGAGAUCUGCUCAACUUCCUUAAGAACAGCAGCCAGCGUUACCACAAGUUUGUGGCACAGACGUCUACAGCGGAGCGCUUCAGCAGCCUUUACAACCCGACGCCGACCAAAAGUUCUCGUGUGCAGGAGGGCAGCGUGGACAGCAACGUGCUAAUGCAACCCGCUUCCUCGGAGGGACACGAAGACAAGGCUCUCCUCCAUCACAGCUUGGAGGACGUGGACUGGAAUGAAGAAAGCGACAACAACGACAUGGAAGACCUGCAGGCCCUAACUUUCGAUGACCUCCUGAGCUUUGCUUUCCAAGUGGCUAAAGGAAUGGCGUUCCUCGCCUCCAAAAACUGUAUCCAUCGUGACCUGGCAGCUCGAAACGUGUUGGUGACAAAAGGCAGACUGGUAAAAAUCGGGGACUUUGGAUUGGCUCGGGACAUUGACAACGACUCCAACUACGUCGUGAGAGGAAACGUAAGCAAUCAUUUUUCAAACCCCUGCCCCGCACACAUCUCAGGUGACUCUACCGCCUCACAGGUGCGUCUGCCCGUCAAGUGGAUGGCGCCGGAGAGCAUCUUCGACGGGAUGUACACCAUGAAGAGCGACGUGUGGGCGUACGGCAUCCUCCUGUGGGAGAUCUUCUCUCUCGGCGUCACUCCAUACCCGGGCGUGAAGGUGGACCACACGUUCUACUCGAUGAUCGAGAGAGGAUUUAAAAUGGAAUGUCCUUACUACGCUGAUGAGUUUGUGUACGGCAUUAUGCGCAAAUGCUGGGCCUUGUUGCCCGGCGACCGGCCCUCGUUCUCCAAAAUUAUGUCUUACAUGUCCGACCAACUAACCAUCAGAGAUGAGAAGCUUUAUCAUAACAUGAUCGACCAGAUACCGAGCGACUACAAGAAUGCAGCAGUAAUGCAGGACGCUUCUGCUUUUGCAAAACCAGAGGAGGAUGUUGAAGAGCGGUUGAACGAAGACACGUGUGGAAAUGUGAAGUGGUCCGGUGCUGAGUGUGAAUAGAAACACCGGGAUGCACGAUAAUGGAAAUGUUAACCGAUACCGAUAACCAAGAAUUCUCAGACCUUUACAACCGAUAACAAUGACCGAUAUUUAUGUAUAUAUUUUCACACAAAAAUUAAAAAAAAAAUGAGUUCACACAUUUGCCCAAAAUGUAUACACUCUAAACAACAAAUAUGCAAAACUAUGGUAGGGAUAGGGAUAAUAUAAACUGAUAUUUUACUUUACUAUAAAUUACACAUCCUACUAUAAUUCUGACCCAGGCAAACAAUUAGAAUCAUUGGAUAGAGCAAAUAUUUUUACAAUUUACACCUCUUACUGAUUGACAGAAAUAAAAUAAUAUUUUUCUCUGACAGUAAUGAAAUGUGCCAAACCCUUAGAAAGGCAACAAUUAAUUGCAAAACAUAAAGAAAUCAGGGUUCAAAUGCAUUUUUCCAGUAAGAAAUCAUAAAAGUUAACCAACUGCCUCCAGAUGAACUAUGAAUUUAAACAUAAACUACUCAUUUUAUUGUCAAGUUCUUCGGCCCUGAGGUAUUUUCUUUCAAACUGUUGCCUCUUAAACCCUUUGUCAUUAGUCCUGUGGCUUUGCUGCGGUCGCUGCUAUUAACAUCAGGUGUCGGCUCAGCAGCGCAGGCAGCUUCGUACUACUUCUAUCAAUCAUCGCGUUUUUGAAUUUUAAGGUGACUUACUGUAUCAGAUUUUAUCGUGUUGAACUUUGUCUUUAACUCUGCCUGUUAAAUUUCUGCAGAAUAGGUUUUGAAAAACUACAAGUGAGAUGUCUUUUGACAUGCUAAGGAAAGCUGCGCUAUGAGGCUUUCCGCUGUACAUAACAGGCCGCGCAGGCAGCGUCAUGAGAUCACAAAUAUGCACCCAUACCUUAGGGGAGGAGUUGAGGAGCAAACGGAAGCACAAGCCACAACAGAGAGAGACAAAUGAUAAACAAAGCGAUGAUAAGCCUUUAUUAUUUAUUUGUAUUAUUUUACUCUGUUCUAUAUUUAUCAGCUGCCGAUAAUAUCGUACAUCCCUAAUAAAAACUUGGAUUGUGUAUUGGCAAUGACCUCACGAUACAAUAUGUAUCCCAAUAUGGUACCAUACAGUAUUGUGACAUUGCGAUUAAUUGCGAUAUUCUACAUGGUUCACGGAUUAAUUUAAAAUACAGAUCAAAAUACAAGUUGUGAAAAAUAGCUUUAAAAAAGUAGCAUAAAGUAUUUAAUGACAGUAAUAAUAAAUUGGACAAACUGGGUGAAAAAAACAAUACAAUACAAAUAAUGCAUUUACAUUAAUUGCAAUUGUACAGAAAGAGGUUCAAGUCCUCUGUAACUUAAAUGUGAAAUAUAAUUGUAUUCUACUGUACUUCUUAACUGUGAACUUAUUGUACUGCCUUGCUCAACAAUAACCCCGCAUAGCAAAGUACUAUAGCAGCACAGUGACACAGCGGCAAAAAAUCAAUUUUGAGUUAGAAAAAGCACAUAACAUGACUCUUAAAAAAAUGACUCAAUAUUAGGACAUUGCAAAUGGAUAUUACUGCAUAUAGUUGGCAUUAUAUUGUCCAGUCCCGCCAGGAUUUUGCAGGCUUUUGUGGUGAUUGUUGCGCCCUAAAAUGCCAGAUUUCGCGGCAGCUUUUCCAGAAAGUUGCGGCAAAGGUUGCAACGUUUUUAAGCUCAUUUUUUUAAUCAACUUGUGAUUUUAUGGACUUGUUAACAAUGUUUUAAAUGUUCCUUGUAACCUUAACCUGAAAAAAACAUAGGAUUUCAACAAAAAUUGUGAAAAACAAAUACUGCAUUGGUGUUUUACUCGUUUGUAGCACAGACUUAAAAGUAGACAGUAGAAGGCAGUAAGAGUCCAUACACAGAGCUCAUUGUCAAAUGAUUGUACUGAUUUAAUUAACUAUAGUAUAAUUAAAUAUAGGAUAGUAAUAAUUUGAAUUAUAGGAAGAAACACCACCUGAGGCUUCCUUAUUGUCCGCUGUCAGCUUUGUCGUCGACAAGUUGCAGACAUUCUCUGUGUAUGUUUUACACUUGAAAAGUGUUUGUCCAUCUUAAACAUUAAUUUAUGUUCCAACACUUUUACCCCGCAUGUUAAGAGCAGUUAUGAAAGAAUAAUAGUGCCUAUGCUUGUAUGUAAAUGAGUCGAUGAAAGACUUAUAGUGCUAAUGCUUGUAUGUAAAUGAGUCGAUGAGAGAUUAUGAUCACACUUCAACAUCUCUAACAUGUAAUUGCUGCCUCUUUGCUAGGUGAGCAUUACAAAUAUGUUCUUAAUUGUCUUACCCAGCAUAAAUAAAUGUAAAUACAUAUAUAAUUACAUGUGAACUCGGAAGUGAUGGUGUAUAUACUGUAUUACCCAGAAGGCUUAGUGUCAUAGACAGGAACUGGAAGUAGUCUGAGCUGAGUGGUAGGAUGCUGAUCAAUAAAGAGUUGAUAUAUUGUAAUAAGUUUGCCUACGCAAGAAACAAAGAUAAGUUUUGCUCGCACAGUUAACUUAAAGACAAAGUGAACUAGCGAGAAUGACGCUGAUUUCAAAGAAGUUGCGAACAUUGGACAUUAACUAGUAACGAGGCCGCUAAAAAUUUGCAUAAUUGGUUGAAUUUGCAUUAAUUGACACUAUCGCAACAUUGGAAAUUUCUGGAAGGACUGAUUGCCGUGUCGAUAUUUUUUCCCAGGCCCUUUUUAAAACAAGUGAGCAUUUCACAUGUUUCAUGAAAUAGAAGUACAGGCAUGUUCAAACUUUUACUACCUCUCUGCAUACAUUUUCAAAAAAAUACUUUUUACCUUUUGUUUACUUAAAUUGUAUGCUAUCAACACAUCAAUGUAGAUCAAUAUUUGCUAUGUAGUUUAUUAUACCCUAAAGAAAAAAAAUAGCCAACAUUUCGGCUGCUGUUUUCAUAAUUGUUCUGAUGAGAGGUCGCAAAUAGACUUUUUUGCUUAAAAUAUGACUAAAUGAACUGAAGGCCAACGUAUUCGAGCAUGCCUGAAAUAAUAGAAACCUCUAUUUACCUUUUUUUUACUUAAAUUGUAUGCUAACAAAACAUCAAUGUAGAUCAAAAUUUGCUAUGUAGUUUAUUAUAUCUUAAAGAAAAAAAUAGCCAAAAUCUCUGUUGCUGUUUUCAUAAUUAUUCUGAUGAGAGGUCGCAAGUAGAAUUUUUUGCUUAAAAUAUGACAAAAUGAGCUGAAGGCCAACGUAUUCGAGCAUGCCUGAAAUAAUAUAAACCUCUACAAUGCACAGGCCAAAAGGAUUUGGGGGGUUCCUAGCAAUAUGUGUAGUAGACAGUUGUCCCUCGCCACAUCGUGCUUCAAAGUUUGCGGCUUGAUUCUAUCACAGAAUUAUUUCGCAUAUUGUAUGUAUUCCAAAAUAAGCAUUUUUCAAGCAACUAUAUUGCUAAAUGAACAGAAAAGAUAAAUAUUACAGUAAUAUCUUUCCAUGUCUAGAGUGAAUUAGUGAAUUGUGAAUUAUAUUUAUAUAGCGCUUUUCUCUAGUGACUCAAAGCGCUUUACGUAGUGAAACCCAAUAUCUAAGUUACAUUUAAACCAGUGAGGGUGGCACUGGGAGCAGGUGGGUAAAACGUCUUGCCCAAGGACACAACAGCAGUGACUAGGAUGGCUGAAGCAGGGAUCGAACCUGGAACCCUCAAGUUGGUUGCAUGACCACUCUACCAACCGAGCUAUACCACUCUCAAACUGUUGAAAACUGUAUUUAGAAAGUUGUAAACAGUUUUUCAAUGCUUUUACAUUAAAAAUAUUUGAUUUAUAAAUGCGUAAAGUAGGGCUGUGUGACAUAACGAUAUAACGGCAUGUUUGUCUUUGUGCGGUAUAGAAAAUGACUAUAUCGUAAUAUUCGAUUAUAUGUUCUCACACAGUUGCUUUUGGCUGCGGGCAUUACAUAACAAGCUAACGUUAGCUGAAGCAGGUCGAGUUGCUUUUAGCUGCGGGCAUUACACAACACGCGUUUCUCACUCCUUCUCGUGUCUCCUUCUCACAGAGACGGAAAACAAGCCCGCCUUCUUACAUACGUCACAUACUGUCGCGCGUCUAGCAUCAUACGCUGUCGCCGAGCAGAGAGGUAGCAGCAUGGCUAACGUUAGCUGAGGCAGGUCGUACAAGCAAAAGCGGAGCGGAGCGGAUCUUGUGACAUUGCAAGAGGGAGAAGGUGCGAAAGUGAUCACAAAUGGAGGAAGAACAAUAAAUGCCAGAAAUAAAGAGCAGGGGAUCCAUCAUCUGGUGGUUUGGCUUCAAGUGGGAAGAUAUUCAGCAAACAGCAAUAUGCAAAGUAUGCAGCAGAAGUGUUACUACAAAAAGGUAGCAACAAUAUUAAUUUGUUCUUUCCCUUAAAAAGUCACCCGGGAGAAAAUGAAGAGUAUUUGAUAAAUACAGUUUUGGUCAAUUGACUUAGUUGUGAUUUCCCUCUCUGCAUGAAAGUUUAAAAGUAGCAUAUAUUAAUGCAGUAUGAAGAAGAAUGUUUUAAUGUAGACACAUACUGCUGUGAUUGUGCAUCAAGUGUUCAUUCAAGGCCAAGGCAAAAUAUCGUACUAUAUAUCGUAUAUCGCAAUAUGGCAUAAAAAUAUGGCGAUAUUAAUUAAAGCCAAUAUCGCCCAGCCCUAGCGUAAAGUCAUUUACCAGUCAGGCCUCGAGCCAAUUAACAGAGAUAAACCAGGGACGAUUAUUAAAUGAAUUUAUUUAUUGUUGAAUUCAUAAAUUCAUUAAUAGUUAAUAAAUUGUAUAAAAAUCCAAUGUAUGUAUUUUUUGUUGACAGAUACAGACCUACAGUGUUAUUAUUUUUGUGUACGUAAUAUAUAUUGAAACAGCUUUUAUCCUGUAAUUGUUCCUACUGGUUUAUUGUUUUCUAUGUCAUGUUUCUUUAAAUUGCAUGUAUUAUUCAAACAAAGCAUUAAAAACCUGCAAUAAAAGACAAA